AUGACAUCGGGCUCUUCUCCACGGCGACGCCUGUUUCUUUACCCAGACCCAAUACGAGCGCCCGACGUUCCACGGAGGCUGGAGAAGAAAGCAAAUCCCAGAAUCUAUGGCUGGUUUCUUGUGGCGGCAGCGUUCCUCAUGGAAUGCGUUGGGUUCAUCCGCCAAAGCGCAUGGAACAACGCGGGGUUCGGCUCUCUGCGAGAUAUUCGGGACUAUCUCGCCCUGACGGAACCUCGCUAUGACCCAACAGUGGUCCCACUGGAUGAGGGAGAUGAGGGAGAUGACGGAUCACACGGGAGCCUGUGUGAAGAUCUUCCUAAUGCGGCCUCAAGGCCAGGUGCUCCAGAUGCCGUGGCUGACCUGCGUUCUCGGUACCUGUCAGGUGAGAUCACGCCGCUCGACGUAGUCCGAACUAUUCUUCCGUUGAUACGGCGUGACAUACAACCACCUGGAGUGCAUUCUCCCGCGUGGUUUGAGGUUAAAGCGGACUUGGUUAUCAAGGCUGCUGAGGCGUCGACUCAGAGGUUCAAGGAUGGAAGACCGCUUGGCCCCGUAGACGGGAUUCCAACGGCAGUCAAGGAUGAAUAUGACAUGGCGGGUUACAAGACUACGCUGGGGUCUCCCACCGACUACCUGAGCCUGAAUCAGACCGGCCCGGCGGAACACGUAACAGGGGACGGGAAACCAGAAUCUUGGUGUGUUCAGAAGCUGGAGGAGGCUGGUGCAAUUAUACUUGGCAAGUUGUCGAUGCAUGAAUUUGGAAUGGAUACGCCGGGUUAUAACCUCACGUACGGAACGCCCCGGAACCCUUACAACUCGAAAUAUUACUGCGGCGGCAGUUCCUCGGGCUCCGCAUACGCAGUUGCAGCAGGCCUCGUGCCGUUCACUAUGGGCAGUGACGGUGGUGGGAGCAUUAGGAUCCCGGCAUCCUUCUGUUCUGUUUUCGGGCUCAAGCCAACACAUGGUCGGGUGUCUUUCUUCCCCACGCAGAACCACAGUAACACUGCCGCGGUCAACGGACCGAUGGCAGCGGAUGUGAGGUCUCUGGCUACCCUGUAUGCCGCGAUCAGGGACCCGGACCCCAAGUCGCUUUUCCCACGGCCAAGCAAGAAGUUCAUAGACCUGUCACACGACAAUCCAGCCCGGCCAAAGUUGCUAGGCAUCCCAGAAGCCUGGAUCCAGCGUUCUCAACCUUCGGUCCAGACGUUGUGCCGCGAGAUGGUCGACUGGCUUGUAGAGCACAAGGGCUACAAGACCGUGCCAAUUGACAUUCCCUUUCUCGCCGAGGGCCAGAUCGCGCACGCCCUGACCAUCCUCACGGACGCCGCAACACUCCUCCCCGACCCGAAGGGAAUUUCACCUGCGAACAGGAUUCUCUUAGCUCUCGGCCGCACCACGCCCGCCAUCGACUACCAGCUCGCACAGAAGUUACGCCACGUGCUCAUGCAGCACCUUGCGUGGCUCUGGUCGCAGUACCCGGGCAUGAUUAUCGUGACCCCGACGACUGCCUGUGCCGGAUGGCCCAUCCGUGACGAGACUGAACUGCAGUUCGGGAUGAGUGACGGCGAUCAAACCAUGAGGAGCAUGGAAUACGUGUGGAUGGCAAACUUUUGCGGAGUGCCGGGCAUAAGCGUGCCGGCUGGGUAUGUGACGCCAGACGGGGUGCAGGGCGAAGGCGGAGUGGCAGAUCAGGAUACAGUGGGCAAGGUUCCAGUCGGAUUGAUGGGAAUGGGAGAGUGGUGUGAGGAAGAGGCGUUGCUCAGGUUUGGCCUCGACGCUGAAGAUGCUGGUUGGAAGUUAGGGAGACGGUCCAGGGCUGAGACUUGGGUUGACGUCGUUGGGAUUGCAAGGGAAGCCAGGAAUGGGGACAGUGAAGCAGACGAGGCGGUUGCGAAAUAG